AUGGCGCGCAAGCGGAAGGCCGACGACAACCUUACCGGGACAAGGCACCCGGCUGCGCGGAGGGAUCCUACAGCCGGCGACGACCUUGCCGGUACAUCGGCGAACAAUACAGGGCCGACGGCGAAUGCAGCCGGCGACGGCAUUGCUGAGAUUUCGCCGGCGAUGGAGUGGCUGUUGGAGGUGACUUCAGGCUACGCCCGCGGCUCUCCCGAGUUCGAUGGAGGUGGGUGCCCAAGAAAUCAAAGCAUACGAGCGAGUUCUUGCAUUGAUGCCGGUUCUUGGAUUGUACUAACAUCCCAUACCUUUGUUUCUUGCAGCUGCCCGCGGGGCAGGGGGUGGGUCGGGGUACAGGGGAUUGUCCCAGUCGCAUGGGAGGGCGCCGCAGAUGCCCUCCCAGGGGAUGCUCCGGCCGCCGCUGGGCAAUCCAGCCGGUGGGCGUCCGCCCGUCACCAACCAGUACCACGCGCCGACCGGCCAUGGUUCGCUCUCCGGCCAGACCCAGAACCACACCGCCGGCCACAGGCAGACAGGAACAGGGCAGCCGCGCGGCCUCUCCGGCUCCGUCGGGCCUUCUUCGACGAUCUCUUGCGCAAGCGCGCCAGGUGCUCGAGUUCUAGACUUCUAGUCAGUCCCCUCGCUCGAGAUGGCUACAACAAUUUCGUCACCAGCAACGUGCUUCCGCAGCACCCGGAGAUCCGCUACGUGCCUCCGGCUCCGCGUCCAGUCCCCAGCUACGGCGGUGCGACUCAGGGCCAGGACACCGCCAUUGGUCACCAGCGCCAGCUCGACCCCCGCCUCCGCCAGCCUUCUUCUGCAGCGCCGGCAGGGGUUGCCGUCGGCCCGCGCACAUGGGGACCAAGUGCUCAAUGGUGCCGUCUUUGCCCAGCGCCCGCCACGCGGGUUUAUUGCUCGGCGCCCUUUUGCGAGGUUUGCUACAGCCGUCUCUUCGCCGCCGACGACGUGCCUCAGCAGCACGCGCAGACCGGCGGCUACGCGCCUCGGGGGGCUGUCCCUGCCAGUGAGCAGCAGUCCCGGGCUGCCGCCAUUAGGCCUUCUUCCAGUUCCAGCUCGAGCUCGUCCGUCGGUUCGGGCCCGAUCUGCCAGGCUUGCGGCCACCUCAUCAGCACCCGCAACAGGAUGUGCAGGUCUUGCCACCGCCAGGGCUCGGCUAGGCGCUAGCUCAUAUCUCGUCGCUCCGACGAGUGUACGGCAUUGCUGUGAGAGUGAGAAUGUCUUCUGAACUCUGGUAGCCAUUUCUGCUUGCUCUGUUUUGUCUUUUGACAGAGAUGAUUCUUGUGAUGAUACUCGUAGUAAUGUGGCCAAAUGUGGCAAUACAUACAUACAAAUAUACAAUA